AUGUCGGCCUCACCGCAAAAGUCAGCCUACACCAUAGCAGACUUGAGCAGGGAGUUUGCGGGAGAAUUCACCGAAGAAGAGAUUCAGCAACACCUACAAGGAGUGAGGGCAGAGCAGCAUCCAACUGCAACAGUUUCUUCAGCUGUAUUUGUGGCUGGUCUUUGCUGGGCCACCACGGACGAGCGUCUCUAUGACUUCUUUGAAAGCUGUGGGAUUGUCGUGCGCGCUGAAGUCAACGUUGACUCCAUCACAGGUCGUUCGAGAGGCUUUGGGAAGGUGACCUUUGCUUCGCCGGACGCAGUCGAUAGGGCCCUGUCACUACAUGACGCCUUCCUGGAUGGGCGACCCAUUACCGUGCGACCCUUCACUGUGGUUCCUCCGAGAGGUACCAAGCGUGACGUUACGUCUUUCGAGGUGCACGUGGACAGUCUUAGCUGGCACACCGACGAAACCAGCCUGAGACGGCAUUUUGCAGAUUGUGGAGACAUUCUGUCUUGCAGUGUUUUCUACGACCGCAAGACCGGACAGCACAAGGGAGCUGGCAAGCUGGCUUUCGCUUCGGAGGCAGCAGCUCAGCGAGCUGCGCAGAGGCAUCUUUCAGAUCUGGAUGGCUGGACUAUUUCGGUGAGGCCCGGCAAAGCCGUUCGGGCCAACCGCACCCGAGCCAGCGCAGACCGCAGCCAUCACUCCACAUUUGUUCCACAGGAGUGGAGGGAAAGCGGUGGUGCUGAGAGUCGAGGAGCAUUCAGAGACAUCAGUUCACGUGGAAUCAACACGAUGGACGUCCCCUCAAUGAUUCCGCCGACGUGCCUUGUAGACUGGUUGGCCGAGCUGGAUCCCGCUGGCUUUUUGUUAUGCUAUUUGCCCAUUUUGGCUACGUUGGGACACAAAAAUGCCAGGGAUGUAGUCAACAAGUAUGUGGAGGAGGCUUCAGCUCAGCAGCAAGUACAUCUUGCUGAGCAACUUUUCACAGACUUGAAAGUUCGCAAACUCGGCCAUCGCAGACUUUUCGAGCGCUGGUUUGCUGGCCUGAUUCGUGGUACCCGCAGAGAUUGUACUUGA